AUGAGCAAUAUCCCUGGUAAAAGUUUAGGGCCGGGUAGCCGAUUCGCACCACGCGCCUGUGUUGACAAACUCAUGAAGAACCUCUGGGGUGAUCGAUUCUUUGACUUGAAGACGAAGAAAUGGAGCUCGCAACAGUCUGCUGGUGCCAAGAGAGGUUUCUGUCAGUUCGUGUUGGACCCUAUCUUCAAGGUGUUCGAUGCCAUCAUGAACGUAAAGAAGGAUCAGGUCGACGACCUCAUUGUCAAAUUGGGUAUCAAGCUUGCGGCUGACGAGAAAGACCUUGAAGGCAAGCCUCUCAUGAAGGUGUUCAUGAGGAAAUGGCUGCCUGCUGGAGACACUAUGCUUCAAAUGAUCUGUAUCCAUCUCCCAUCUCCAGUAACAGCACAGAGGUACAGAAUGGAGAUGCUGUACGAAGGACCUCAUGAUGAUGAGGCUGCUAUCGCCAUCAAGAACUGCGACCCCAACGGACCUUUGAUGAUGUACGUCUCGAAAAUGGUACCGACUUCCGACAAAGGACGUUUCUACGCUUUCGGACGUGUAUUCUCCGGAAAGGUUGCUACGGGUAUGAAGGCCCGAAUUCAAGGACCUAACUACAUUCCUGGCAAGAAGGAAGACUUGUACGAGAAGACCAUCCAGCGUACCAUUCUUAUGAUGGGUCGUUACAUCGAGCCCAUCGAGGAUAUUCCAUCUGGAAACAUUGCUGGUCUCGUCGGUGUUGAUCAGUACUUGGUCAAAGGAGGAACCAUUACAACAUUUAAGGAUGCUCACAACAUGCGU